AUGGUGGUGCCAAAAGCGUGCAAAAACGGUGCUAUUUUCUUUUGGCACCACAAACACCUGCAUCCUCCAAGGAAAACUUAUGGCGUUCUCUCAUUUGCUGAUCUUGAUUCUCACACUGACUUAAAGCAUUGGAGUCUCUCACCGUUACCUGUGCCACUAUCCCUGAUCUGUUUGGUUGUCUUGCAGGCCAUAAACAAGAGCAAAGCUCCUCCGGGCGAUACCCUUUGA